AUGUCAACUUUUCCACUGUCCCUUAAUGGCUUCCCAUGGGGCUGGACGACUGCAAACGCUUUCCAUACAAAGUUACUGCAAGCGAUGAAACCUGGAGCUCCGCUGCUGCCACAGAACGCCAUCAAAAACACAGAAAUGUUAGAGGUGGAGAUGCAAGAUGAGCCAGAAGACUUGAGUCUUUCUGCUGCCGAAAGGAAUUCUCGGACACGUUUUUGGAAAUUUGUUGAACGGAAGAAAAAGACAGGCGAAAUUGUUCUGGCAUGUUCGGCUUGUUUGCUGGUAUUCGCCGAUCCGCUGCUCUACCGUAUGCACGUCGGCACACAUGCGAUCGGUCGUUCGUUCCAGUGUGUCGCUUGCGGUACCGUAUGCCCGGAUCGCGUCGCUUUUCAACAACAUCUCAUCGCUGCUCGGCACGGCUAA